AUGGAGUGGAAUGAUGAUCUACUAAUUUCCCUUGUACAAAAAUAUCCACAACUGUGGAAUAAAAGAAACAUGCAAUUUAAAAAUAAAAAUGCAAAAUCAAAUGUUUGGCGAACUAUUGAUAGAAGUGCUAAAAAGUGUGAAAAAAGAUUCUCUAAAAAGCGAUCCGAAAAGGCUUCUACAGCAUCUGGUAUGGGCUCACAUGCAACCUCCCAGUGGACCCAUUACCAAGCUAUGGAAUUUUUGGAUGCCUUCAUUUCAUCCAGAAAAAGAAGAAAUAAUGGGAAUGUUGUUGAACGACUAGAGGACUCACCCCAAAUCUCCUCUGGAAUUACUGGGGAAGUUGCACAAAUGCACCAGCUGCAAUAUGAAGAGGACGUUCCAAGCUGUAGUGCCUGGAACACAGUAUCCCAGUUGAUUGAGUCUGCAGCAGAAGACGAAAGUCAAAGUGUGAGGACAGCUAAGUCUGCUGUAGAAAAGGAUGCCUCUGAAAGUAGGCCAGAGGAUCUGCAAAGAUUAAAAACCUUAAAGUGGGAGCCACCACGUAGAGCAUGCUGGCACAUUGAGGCGGAUGGUUAA